CUGUGGGGAGGCUGCUGGCUUGGGCUUGGACCUGUGAAGUUGUCGGAGGUGGCUGUGCUCUCUGGGCACUUGGCUGAAAUGUGAUGCCAUUGGUUCUCAGUCAAGGUUCCUCUCUGCAGGGCUGGGAACACAGAUCAGCUGCUCCCGGGUGUACACAACCGGGAAGCAGAUCCACCCGCUGCGAGCAGCCUUUUUAACCCCGAGACUUUUUCCAAGAGCUCCUGUGCACGCAGGAAGUUUCCUUCCCUGGCGUCACAUGUAGCCCUGAGCUGCCGUCUUCAGAUCCGAGCUGGGCUCCCUGCAGCACAGGAGAGCGGCUUCUUUGAGACAUUUGUCCUUGAAACUGCACCAAACUCUGGGGAGAGCCUAGAACGCAGCUGACAACUGAUUGGUUCAUCAAUGAACAAUAUUCAAUUAUGAAGAUGUAAGGAAAAAGUCCUCUGCUAACAUUGUCGCGGCUUGAAAGGCUUCUCUGCAGAAUGUCCAGCAAAGAGCGGCACAUUGACUCCAGCUGCUCGUCCUUCAUCAAGACGGAGCCGUCCAGCCCGGCCUCCCUGACGGACAGCGUCAACCACCACAGCCCGGGCGGCUCCUCGGACGCCAGCGGGAGCUACAGCUCCACCAUGAACGGCCACCAGAACGGCCUGGACUCGCCGCCCCUGUACCCCUCCGCGCCACUGCUGGCGGGCAGCGGGUCGGUGCGAAAGCUGUACGACGACUGCUCCAGCACCAUCGUAGAGGACCCGCAGACCAAGUGCGAGUACAUGCUUAACUCCAUGCCCAAGCGCCUGUGCCUGGUGUGCGGCGACAUCGCCAGCGGCUACCACUACGGCGUGGCGUCCUGCGAGGCCUGCAAGGCCUUCUUCAAGCGCACGAUCCAAGGUAACAUAGAAUACAGCUGCCCUGCCACAAAUGAGUGCGAGAUCACCAAGCGCAGACGCAAGUCCUGCCAGGCGUGCCGCUUCAUGAAGUGUCUGAAAGUGGGUAUGCUGAAGGAAGGGGUACGCCUUGACAGAGUACGCGGAGGUCGGCAGAAGUACAAGCGCAGAAUAGAUGCAGAGAACAGCCCGUACCUGAACCCCCAGCUGGUUCAGCCAGCCAAAAAGCCAUAUAACAAGAUCGUCUCGCACUUGUUGGUGGCUGAGCCAGAGAAGAUCUAUGCCAUGCCUGACCCCACCGUGCCCGACAGUGACGUCAAAGCCCUCACCACCCUGUGUGACCUGGCGGACCGGGAGCUGGUGGUGAUCAUCGGGUGGGCGAAGCACAUUCCAGGCUUCUCCACACUGUCCCUGGCCGACCAGAUGAGCCUCCUGCAGAGUGCUUGGAUGGAAAUCUUGAUCCUCGGUGUCGUAUACCGGUCGCUUUCGUUUGAGGAUGAACUUGUCUAUGCAGACGAUUAUAUAAUGGACGAAGACCAGUCCAAAUUAGCAGGGCUUCUUGACCUAAAUAAUGCUAUCCUGCAGCUGGUAAAGAAAUACAAGAGCAUGAAGCUGGAGAAAGAAGAAUUUGUCACCCUCAAAGCGAUCGCUCUCGCUAAUUCAGACUCCAUGCACAUAGAGGACGUGGAAGCCGUGCAGAAGCUGCAGGACGUGCUCCACGAGGCCCUGCAGGAUUACGAGGCGGGCCAGCACAUGGAGGACCCGCGCCGGGCCGGCAAGAUGCUCAUGACGCUGCCGCUGCUCCGGCAGACCUCCACCAAGGCGGUGCAGCACUUCUACAACAUCAAACUCGAAGGCAAGGUGCCCAUGCACAAACUGUUUUUGGAAAUGCUGGAGGCCAAGGUCUGACUAAGAGCUCCCGGGGCCUUCCCACUGUGCACUUUGAAAAAGGGAAAAUUAACCCAAGAGUGAUGGCGAAGAAGCUUAGAAUUUAGUUAAGAACUAAACAGAUAUCAACACAGACUGCACUGAUACUUGAGCAGCAAGACCAUGAAGCAGCUUUCAGACUCCUCCGUAGGUUCCUGAUAAAUUCCUGUCUACUUUCUCAUCUUCCUUCCCCCUCCCUCGUGCUCUCCCUUUUAUUUUCUUUCUCUCCCUUCUCCGCCUCCCUCAUUUUUGGGCUUCCUUAAUUAUUGGUUUUAGCUGUGGCAUUUCCUUCCUUCCUUCCUCCCUUCCUCCCUUCCUUAUUCCCUUCCUCCCUUCCUUAUUCCCUUCCACGUCUUCUCGUACCCUCCUUCCGCUCUUAUUUUCUCCCUUCAUCCUACAGUUUAAAUAACUCUAAAUUCUAAGAGAGUGCUCCUUCCUCCCACCUCUCCUCCCCCCUGCUUUGCUUUUCUUUCCGCUUCCGUUCUUUUGCUUUUUUCCAUCCCCCUUUCCUUUUCUCCCUUCCUUCUGCUGCUGAACUCUUAAAAGAGGUCUCUAAGUGAAGCAACAUGGAAGCCAGCCCUGCCAAAGGAUGGAGAUCCAUAAUAUGGAUACCAGUGAGCUCAUUAUGAACUGGCCCGUCCCCGGUGACUGAGGAAUCAAAGAGAGAAGCAACGUACCUAGAAGGACCGUGCGACACAGUGAAUUGACUGAGUGCAGUAUUAGAUUUCUCGGGAGCAGCCUCUAAUUAGACAACUUCAGCGACGAUGUUGCAUCGGCUGCUUCUUAUCUUUGCUUUUCCAUCUAGAUCAGUUACAGCCAUUUGAUUCCUUAAUUGUUUUCCCAAGUCUUCCAGGUGUUUGUUAGUUUAGCUACUAUGUAACUUUUUCAGGGAAUAGUUUAAGCUUUAUUCAUUCAUGCAAUACUAAAGAGGAAUAAGAAUACUGCAAUUUUGCGCUGGCUUUGAACAAUUACGAACAAUAUCGAAGGACAAAUGAAUCCUGAAGGAAGAUUUUUAAAAAAUGUUUUGUUUCUUCUUACAAAUGGAGAUUUUUUUGUACCAGCUUUACCACUUUUCAGCCAUUUAUUAAUAAGAGAAUUUAACUUACUCAAGCAAUAAUUGAAGGGAAGGUGCAUAUUAUAACGGGUGCAAUUUAUGUUGUGUACCAGUCUGGUCCCAAACAUCGAUUUCUGUACCUGAGCUCCAGUUCACCCCCAUCACUGACACCAAGGAUUAGAUUACACUUGCAGGGCCUCUGGCAUCACUGCGUCCACCCCGCACGAGGGGUGGUGCGGC